CCCUGAUGAAUAUCCCACAUAUAUAAUUUUCCACAUCGUUAGCCUUCAAAACAAACAUGUCAUAUGGGACUGACUUCAGAUGCAUUUGGAGCUCAACCAGUGUUUGUUUUGGAAAAUGAGGGGCGCGUGGCAAAGGAGGGAGCGCGUUGUUUGUGUGUGCGCGCGUUAGAGGGAUGAUGAUGACGGCGUUUGGGGAGCUGUGGGUGUCUUUAAGAGCUUCUUUCUGCUCCUCACUGGUGUCAGGAUAGAGAGGCACGAGCCACUGAAAUACUCACGAGAACAGAGAUACGCGCGAAUCGUAUUGGAAAUACGUUAAUUUUCAUAUACAUUUAGGAUAUAAUGCCAUCGGGAAACCUGGACAUCAUGCAGUUGCCAAAGUCACGGGCUUUUGCUGUCAGUUUUACGCUGCUCUCCGUUCUCAGCUCGGCAAUGUGCGCCAGUCACUACAGCUGUGAUGGAUCUCUGGCAUCUUUUCUGCCUGCAACUUCCUUUCAGAGCUCUUCACAUUUCUCAGACAGUCGUGCUGCGUACUUUGCCAAAUUAAACAAAAUAGAUGGAGGAGGUGGGUGGAGCCCAGAGUCGACGGACAGGUCACCCUGGUUGCAAGUUGACCUCCAGGACCGAAUGGAGGUGACAGCUGUGGCCACGCAAGGUCGUCAUGGCAGCACGGAUUGGGUCAGUGCCUACAUGCUCCUGUACAGUGACACCGGACGCGUCUGGAAGCAGUACAUGUUAGAGGACAAUGUUGGGAGGUUGGUGGGUAAUGUGAAUCCAGACAGCGUGGUCCACCAUAAACUCAGCCAGUCUAUCAGAACCCGGUUCCUCCGCUUUGUUCCUCUGGAGUGGAGCCCCAGUGGCCGGGUGGGCCUCAGAGUGGCUGUGUAUGGCUGUGCUUACCGAUCGUAUGUGGCUGAUUUUGAUGGCAGAAGCUCUUUGCUCUACCGAUUCAACCAGAAGUCUAUGAGCACAGUGAAAGAUGUUAUAUCGUUGCGAUUUAAGAGUCGACAGGCAGAAGGUGUUUUACUGCAUGGGGAAGGCCAGCGAGGAGAUUAUAUCACUCUGGAGCUUCAUCGUGGCAGACUGGCCUUGCAUCUAAACCUGGAUGACAGCAGGGUGAGAUCCAGCAGCUUUCGUAUGGUGGUCACUCUAGGAAGUCUCCUGGAUGAUCUGCACUGGCACUCUGUUCUGAUCGAACGCUUUAACAAGCAGGUCAACUUCACUUUGGACAGACACACUCAGCACUUCAGGACCAAGGGUGAUGGAGACUCUCUAGAGGUCGACUACGAGCUAAGCUUUGGUGGGAUCCCACUGCCAGGUAAACCAGGAACCUUCAUUCGACGUAACUUUCAUGGCUGCAUGGAGAACCUCUACUACAAUGGCGUGAACGUCAUCGACCUAGCGAAACGGAGAAAACCUCAAAUAUACAGUGUGGGCAACGUGACCUUUUCCUGCUCGGAACCACAGCUGGUGGCCGCCACGUUUCAGAGUUCCAGCAGCAGCUUUCUGUUGCUGCCAGCACCUGCACCGAUCCUGGAGGACCUUUCAGUGCGCUUACAGUUUCGCACAUGGAAUCCUGAUGGCCUGCUGCUGUCCAGUCCACUGAUCUCUGGUCAGGAGCCCUGUUACCUGAUUUUGCAGAUCAGCAGUGGGCGCCUCCAUCUCACACACCAGACAUCAGCGCUGAAGAUGUCAGAAGUGUCAGCUGGUCAGAGGGUGAAUGAUGGUUUGUGGCAUUCUGUGAGUCUCAACACUAGAGGUCUGCAGAUCAUCAUGAUCCUGGACAGUGAGCCCGCAUCCACCAUCCAGCUCAAGAACUACUUGCAACCUAAAGACAAACACUAUUUUGGAGGAUGUCCUGUAUCCCAGAACGACUCUAGCUGCCUGAAUCCCACGAUGGCCUUUCAAGGCUGUGUCCGGCUCAUCCGUGUCAACAACCAACUUGUUGAUCUUCUCUCAGUCCAGCAAGGUCGUCUAGGAAGCUACAAUCAGCUACAGUUUGACUUAUGUGGCAUUCGUGACAGGUGUCUGUAUAAUUUUUGUGAGCAUGGCAGCCAGUGUUCCCAGACGUGGUCUUCUUUCUCCUGUGAUUGCACUGGUACAGGAUACAGUGGAGCUACAUGCCAUAACUCCGUCUAUGAAGCAUCAUGUGAACACUACAGGCUUGCUGGAAGCACUUCUGGAUAUUUCUUUAUAGAUCCUGAUGGAAGUGGCCCUCUUGAUCCUAUUCAGGUCUACUGUAAUAUUACAGGAAACAAAGUGUGGACAGUGGUUCGUCACAACAGCUCGAUUGCAGUCAGAGUCCGAGGCUCUACACUGCAGAAGCCAUAUGUCGGAUGGUUUAAUUAUAGCGCCUCAUCUGAACAGCUGAAGGCCCUGGUGUCUCUGUCAGAUCGCUGUGAGCAAAGAAUCGCCUACCACUGCAGAAGGUCACGGCUGUUUAACCCCUGGGACGGCACCCCUUUAUCCUGGUGGGUGGACCGCAGAGGAGAGAAGAGGACCUACUGGGGUGGAUUCCAACCAGGGGUGCAGCAGUGCUCCUGCGGUCUGGAAGAAAACUGUGCCGACAUGAACUACUUCUGCAACUGUGAUGCAGACAGAGUGUCAUGGUAACAAGGGAGAAAUUAUAAUCCCAUCCACACAAAUAACAAUCACCUGCCCGUGCAGAAGAUUGUGAUUGGUGAUACUUACAGACUGGGCUCUGAAGCCAUGUAUGUCGUGGGCCCCCUGCAGUGCUCUGAUGACAAGUUCCUGUGGAAUGCUGUAUCUUUUUAUCAAGCGGCUUCAUAUCUGCAGUUCCCAGCUCUCCAGGUGGAGCUUUCCCUCGAUGUCUCCUUCUACUUCAAGACUGCUUCCCCCUCCGGAGUCUUUCUGGAAAACAUGGGCAUUCAAGACUUUAUCAGGGUUGAGCUGAGCUCUCCCUCUGCUGUGACUUUCUCCUUUAAUGCGGGCGACGGGCCAGUAGUCCUGACCGUCAAAUCUCCUGUGCCACUGAACGACAGGCAGUGGCAUUGGGUUCGAGCCGAGCGCAAUGUGAAAGAAGCAUGCCUGCAGGUCGACCAGCUGCCCCUGCGGAUCAUAGAAACCCCACCUGAUGGACACCUUCGCCUUCAGCUUGGAAGCCAGCUGUUUGUUGGGGGCACAGCCACAAGACAAAGAGGCUUUUUUGGAUGUAUUCGAGAAUUUAACAUGAAUGGAGUGAAUUUCGACUUGGAGGAACGGGCCAAAGUGACACCAGGAGUGAGUUCAGGGUGUGCGGGUCACUGUAGCAGCUCAGCCAGGCUCUGUCACAAUCGGGGGAAGUGCAUUGAGAAAAGCAGCGGUUACAUGUGCGACUGCACUAACUCCGCUUAUGGAGGACCCUCUUGCACAGAAGAGGUGUCCAUGUCUUUUGAAAGAGGAGCGUCGGUCACCUACAUUUUUCAGGAGCCAUUCUCUGUCAUACAGAACAGGUCGGCCGCAGUGUUGUCCGUCCCUUCUCAGUACAGCAAGACCAGAGACAACAUGGCACUGAGUUUCCAGACCACACAGAGUCCUGCCAUGCUGCUCACAGUCAACACCCUCAGCCAGCAGUAUGUGGCCAUCAUCUUAGCACGUAACGGGAGUUUACAGAUCUGGUACCAAGUGAAUAAGGAGAAGAGACCGGAUGUGUUCAGCCCCAUCUUCAGCAGCCUGGCAGAUGGACGGCUGCAUAGGGUUCACAUCCAGCGGGAGGGAAAGGACGUCUUUGUUCAGGUUGACCAUGAAAAUAAGAAGUACACACUUUCAUAUGAUGUUGCGUUUAACUCUAUGAAGUCACUGACCUUGGGAAAAGUCACAGGAAGUGAUGUAUUGGAUGAAGAGGUAGCUCAUGCUGGGUCCAAAGGCUUCAUUGGCUGCUUCUCAUCUGUCCAGUACAACCAUGUUGCUCCACUGAAGGCAGCAUUAUUGAACCGAGGGAGCUCUCUAGUCAGCAUACGAGGACAUUUACUGGAAUCAAAUUGCGGAGCAUUAGCUGACCUUUCAACCUCUGUGUCUCGUUUAGAUCAUGGAGAGGAGGUAGGAAAAGAUAACGAGCAUCGCGAAGACAACAGCCAGCCUGAUUCAGCUGUAAUCGGAGGUGUGGUGACAGCUGCGGUCUUCAGUACCCUCUGUGUGCUGGCAGUGAUGACUCGUUUCCUUUACCAACAUCGACAAGCUCAAAGAACUGCAAGACUCCAAGAAAAGGAACACCAACGUAGCCUUGAAGCUGCUUACAGGGCAGAGUUUCACCUUCACAACUCCAUGAGAGACAGCAUGCAAGAGUACUACAUCUGAUGGACAAUUCUGUAGCUUUCAGUUCAGCUAUCAGUUCCUCCCGUGUCUCCUUCAGCAAACGUGUUGUGAGGCCAUUUCUAUCCAGUAAGGCUGGUUAGUUGGAGAUUUCCUCGCUUUGGGAACAGUGGAAUCUUCUGAUCUGUGUAAGUAGUAGCUUGUAGUUUUCACAGUGCUUGCCCCAAGUGUUGGAUUAAUCAGCAUUAGGUUAUUUAUGGGAUAUGAGUGUUGUAUUAAUUCAGUAAUAUGCCCUCUGGAUAGAAACUGAAAUGGAGAGCAUUAUCCUUAGUGCAUGAAUGCAGAUGCAGAUUCUGAAGUGUUAAUCAUACUGUUAACAAAACAAAUCAACGUAAACACACAUAUUUUAAGCCUGUGAAAUUUUUUAGGUUGCCAGAAACAAACAGUGGCAACAUUAUGAGAGAAAGUCCUGGUACACUAUUUAAAUAGUAUAAUGCUUCAGGUUGAGGACAGUAGCCUGUCCAAAUUUGGUUUAUAAUUUCAUGAUACUCUGCCUCAUAGCUAAGAAUUAAAAAGGUCCAUGUGUAAACAUGCAGGACCAUUUUAAAUUGCCCUUGGGAAAUUAUUUUAGUUUCAUGAAGAAGCUGCUAACAGAGACCAAAAUCAGACAGUAAAGACUAGAUUGAAAACGUUUGCAGAAAUAUUAUAGAGUUGAACAUGAUGCUUUCUAAUGUAACAUUACCUGUUUGUUAAGAUGUGAAAUAUCUGCCAUAUUGAUAAUGAACAAAUUCUAAGAGGUCAGUAAGAAUGUUUUUUUUAAUUAAUGCUUUCAUUCCAUAAGGAUGCAUUAAGUUGAUCAAAAAUGACAGUAAACAGUUCUAAUGUUUUUUUUGUUUGUUUGUUUGUUUUUUUUCUCAAAUAAGUGCUUUUUAAUCUCUUAUUUAUUAACGAAUCCUAAAAAAGUAUCACAUUUUCCAGAAACAUAUUAAGCAGCACAACUGUUUUCAACAUUGAUAGUAAUAAGAAAUGUGUCUUGAGCAGAAAAACACAGAAAU